AUGAUGAGCAACGAUGCAAUAUCAUUGGCGUCGCUGUCGUUGACGCACGUCUACUAUGACCCAAAUGAUUUUAUUUCUUACGUAUGCGCCUGGCUCGCUCUCGUGCCGCAGGCCAUUAUCAUAGUCUACGUCACUCUCGUCUGGAGCACCCGCGAGGCCGAGGUUAGUCUGGCUUUGGCUGGCCAGCUCGUCUGCGAGGGCGUCAACUUUGUCUUGAAACGUAUUAUCAAGGAGGAGCGCCCGCAGCACCACUAUCACGGGUCCAUGCUGGCUUCGCUCCUAGGCAGUCUUGGCGAUGACGGCGGCAAAGCAGGCAGCGGAGAGGCGGGCGCGAUUGCUUCGGGCAAUGGGCUUCGUGGCGGUUCUGGGGGAUUUGGCGGCGGCCAAUUGCUCCCCAUCCGCGGUGGCUACGGUAUGCCCAGCUCGCACGCCCAGUUUGCCGGCUUCUGGGCGCUCACCAUUUCCCUGUUUCUACUCGUGCGGUACGAGUCGCAGUCUCAAAAGCAAAAAGCCACACCCCCACAGACACCUACAGUGUGGUACAAGCCCUCUUCACUGUCAUACUUCGAGCGCGUCGCCGCCAGCGUCUCCGCAUUCAUCAUGGCUUUUUUUAUCGCGUGGAGCCGCGUUUAUCUUCAUUAUCAUACUCCCCGUCAGGUCCUUGUCGGUUUUGCUGCUGGCCUCGUCGUCGGUGCUGGGUGGUUUGCUGUCACGGCGGUUGCGCGUCAGACGGGCCUCCUGGCCUGGGGUUUAAGCCUGCCGCUGGCACAGUACCUGCGGUUCCGGGACUUAGCGUUGCGCGAAGAUGUACUACAAGCUGGCUGGGAAAAGUGGCAGGUACAGCAGGCUGCCAAUGAGGUGAAAAAGAAAACUUGA